AUCUCUACCCUCUUAAGGACCCAGUCAGUCAGAGGCAGAACACAGAAAAUGCAUCUGCUUUCCCGAGUGUUCCAUGGACAGGCUAUAAAGGGCAGGGAGGGGGCUGUGACAGGCUUGACUUCCAGCAGCUGAUACCAACCACUCUAUAUAUAGCUUCUUGAGACUGGCCAUUUCAUUCAAGAACACAGCUUGAGAAGUGAGGCACAUACUUUUUUACUUUCCAGUAGAUUAUAGGCAUCAAAAACAUAACAUUUAUUUUAAUUUUGUACAAGAAUCAAAAUGAACAAACCCAAAAUUGUCAGACCAGAGGAGAGCCAGCCAGCUCAUGCGAAGUGGUUUGACAGAAAGAAAUAUGUCACAAUCAACUUUAUGGUUCAAAGACCUAAAAAUGUCCAAGUUGAUAUCCAGCCAGACAAACUGAUUUUGUGCUGCAAAAAUGACACUGAUGACGUCUUCUACAAUGAGCUGCACUUCUAUGACAAAGUCCAGAUCCAUGACUCCAGAGAAAGAGUCUAUGAUCGUACUAUCAAUGUCUUACUAAGGAAGGUGAAACCUGAUUAUGCAUGGCCUCACCUCCAGAAAGAUCCAGUAAAACCCAGUUGGAUUUCUGUGGACUUUGAUAACUGGAGGGACUGGGAGCAUGAGGAAGAUGAGGGAAAGGAAGAGUAUGAUAGAUACAUGGAUAUGAUCCAAGAAAUGGCUACCAGUAACAAAGGAGAAACACCCGACAUGGGGGAUCUUAGUGAUUUUGUUACGUCUGUGGUAUCCUGCUGCCCUGCGGAACUAAAACAAGAGGUAAAUGGAAAGAAAGAAACUCUCAAAGGCUUCAAUAUCAAGCUCCAAGACACCAUCUUGUUUCCUGAGGGAGGAGGCCAGCCAGAUGACCAUGGACUGAUUGGCGAGGUUCCAGUUUUGAGGGUGACGAGACAAGGACCAGAUGCUAUACAUUUUGUGGCCUCUCCUCUGGACGUGGAUCGAGAGGUGCAUGUUAAGGUGGACUGGGAGAGGAGGUUUGAUCAUAUGCAGCAACACUCAGGUCAGCAUUUGAUCACAGCUUUGGCAGACACAAUGUUUGGAUACAAGACCACAUCCUGGGAACUGGGUCGUCAGAGAAGCAGCAUUGAACUGGACACUUCCAGUGUGAAACCAGCACAGUUGCAGGAACUGGAGGAAGUCAUUAAUGAGAAGAUCAGAGCUCGUAUUCCUGUGACUGUUCAGCUUGUCUCCAUUGAUGACCCUGCUGUGGAAAAGGUGAGGAGCAGAGGGCUUCCAGAGGAUCAUGCAGGACCUGUUCGGAUCAUUGAUAUAGAAGGCAUCGAUGCCAACAUGUGCUGUGGAACUCAUGUGUCCAACCUCAGCCACUUGCAGGUUAUAAAACUACUGGGAACUGAGAAAGGAAAGAAAAACAAAACCAACCUGAUCUUCUUGGCAGGCAACAGGGUCCUGAAGUACGCAGAGAAAAGCUACAGCACAGAGCGAUCGCUGGUGUCUCUUCUGAAGACAGGACCGGAUGAGCAUGUUGAGGCUGUUGACAAGUUGCAGAAGUCUGUAAAGCUUCUACAAAAAACUAACCUGAGCCUGCUUCGCGAUAUGGCAGUUCUUAUUGCUCAGAACUUGAAGAACAACCCUCAAAGUGGCAACUUUUUCAGCUUGCACAAAAAGGAGGGCGAUAAUGAGUUUAUGAAUAUCAUUGCCAAUGAAAUAAACACAGAGGAAACUUUGGUUUUCCUGACUGUUGGUGAGGAAAAGGGACCUGGCUUGUUCCUCCUUGCGGGACGCAGUGGACAAGUGACUGAGAUGGGACCACGGGUUUUAGAGUUGCUACAAGGGAAGGGUGCAGGGAAGAACGGGCGUUUCCAAGGCAAAGCAAACAGCCUAGCACGGAGAGGAGAGGUGGAGGCUUUACUGAUGCAGCUCUGCAAACAUCGCAGCUCAGAGGAAGAAUAAACCCAGCAAUCAUUCAGUGAAAGUAAAUGUUUUAUUUCUUGAGAAGAAACAAUACAAGCCGGUGAGGAUAAGAACAUGUCUUUAAGGUGCAAUACGUAAAAAUUGUUGCAAAACCCUGAGACACUAAAAUGCCACUUUCAUUGUUCCUACCUGCAUUACUCAUGUAAAAAAGACAUACUUGUGCAUGAGCCACAAUUCCCCAUUUGGUAAAUUACACGUUAAACAGGCGGUUCAACCUGAUAUUGCUGUUUGCUUACGCUUAUCAAGCUGUUGUCAUGGAAUCAGUGAUGAUGCCAUCGUUGGUUAGUGUGCCGAUUUUCUUGAUGCAUCUUCAGUUAGCUUCCACAGCCCAUUUUCUCUCUGCGUCCUCCUGACUUGUCAUCUCAGACAGGCUUUAGCUGCAGAUCAAAUCCCAACUCCACAAUUAUGCCUCUGCAUUUUACCCAUGACAUCGAUGUACAACAAAGAGGAGUUAGUACUGGUUUGAAAGUCAUACAUAAAGAGCCUAUUGAUUACCUGUCAUAACCUGCAGAAAAGAAAAAAGAAGUCAGGAGUGCGUCUUCCUGUCAUGUUGAGUUGCGGGCUAACUAGAUGCUACAUGGACUCACUGUCCCAUCCUGUGGUAUUACAAAGAUGCAGCCUGGCACUAACUGGUUGGCAUGCUCAGUGAUUUUCUUUGCAGCACAACACACCAAAACACAGAUGUCUUUAACUUAACAUUAUAGCAGCUGUUUCUUAUCUUUCUAUAGAUACACAAAUUUAAAACAAUCUUUCGUAUUGCACCUUUAAAUAUUAUAAUAUUUUUUUUGGUAUGUUGUGUUCAAGGACACAUACAAAAAAUUUUAUCCUUGAAAAUGUGUAUAGCUGGGACUUCUUUGACAUGUGCUGUACAUAUGAGUAUUAAAUGUAAAUUUACAUCAACUCUUAACCGUUAUUUUGCCCAAUUCCCCUCUACAAACAUACUAAUCUUACAUGAAGAACCAGGGACAGUAAUUGCGACAUACAAUUAUACAUUUCUCAUGUAAUAAUAUGAUGUGUAUUAUUGUGAUUAUUGUAUUGGGAAAACAUAAAACACCUUUAGACUCC